UAGCGUAGCAUGGCAUGGAGGGAAAUUACGAUCACUUAGCACAGCGGAAUGAAGUUAAGACUUCUGAGGGGAGUUUACUGCAAGGCGAGGAGAAAUACCAUGUGUUAGUUUCUAGUGAAAAUGGCUUUUACUAUUAGUUUUUUAUUUUAUUUUUUAUUUUUUUUCGUGAGGAAUAUGUCUCUCUAGAGUUCAUGUAAAAGUCUCUGUCGUGAUUGGAACCGUUUGCUCGUUCUUUUUAUAGCCUAUAUGUCAUAAUAAUUAUUACUAGGCAAGACUCUCGUCUUGUGCUUACCUGAGGUGAAACGGCCGUAGACUGCUGGCACAAAACAGCUUUUAAUAGCGUUUGCACGGAUGUAGUAAUAAAAAUACAGUCAAAUAAUAACACUCCGCGGCAAAUGAUAGACAAGUGAGGGAGGGAAAAAAAACGCUGUGAGCUCGUGGAGCAGUUUGCAGUGUGUUUCACGCACUCCCUCCCAGGCACGGAGAGAUGACAUCGCCGUCAGAUACGUCACGACGGAUCAAACAGCUACCGUUUGAUGCAACUCGGAUGCUUGGAAUCUGUGGCCAACUCGUCUGUCGCUUACUCUUCAUCGUCUCCGCUUACAUACCCAGCUACCGGAACCGAUUUUGCCUCCCCGUAUUUUCCCACGAACCACCAGUACACGCCCUUACACCACCAGUCCUUCCACUACGAGUUCCAGCACAGCCACCCGGCCGUGAACCCGGAUGCGUACUCGUUAAACUCUCUCCAUCACUCGCAGCAGUAUUACCAGCAGCUCCAUCACGGCGAGCCGGCGGACUUCAUCAACCUUCACAACGCCCGCGCGCUCAAGUCCUCGUGCCUGGACGAGCAGCGGCGGGAACUGGGCUGUCUGGACGCGUACCGCAGGCAUGACCUGUCAAUCAUGAGCCACGGCUCUCAGUACGGCAUGCACCCCGAGCAAAGACUGCUGCCCGGGGCGGGUCUGGGGCUGCCGCCACCGGGGGCCGAUGACCUACAGGGAUCUGUAGACGCGCAGUGCGGACUCGUGUUAAAUGGACAAGGUGGAGUGAUUCGGAGAGGUGGCACGUGUGUAGUGAACCCUACAGACCUGUUCUGCUCUGUACCAGGAAGACUUUCUCUACUCAGCUCUACCUCAAAGUACAAAGUCACCAUCGCUGAAGUCAAACGUCGUCUGUCUCCUCCAGAGUGUCUCAAUGCCUCACUACUCGGUGGGAUUUUAAGAAGGGCCAAGUCGAAGAACGGCGGUCGGUGCCUCAGGGAGAAACUGGACCGGUUGGGACUUAAUCUCCCAGCAGGCCGCAGGAAAGCGGCGAACGUCACGCUGUUGACCUCUUUAGUGGAAGGGGAAGCGCUCCAUCUGGCUCGGGACUUUGGUUAUACCUGUGAGACAGAGUUUCCCACCAAAGCGGUCGGGGAGCAUCUCGCCCGCCAGCAUACGGAACCAAAGGAACAGAACGCGCGCAAGAAAAUGGUGCUGGCCACCAAGCAGAUCUGUAAGGAAUUUCAGGAUUUGUUAAGUCAGGAUCGAUCUCCGCUCGGUUCCUCUAGACCAACACCUAUUCUGGACUUGGACAUUCAGAGACAUCUAACACACUUCAGUCUGAUCACGCAUGGAUUCGGUACGCCGGCGAUUUGUGCGGCUCUUAGCACCUUUCAAACGAUUCUCAGCGAAAUGCUUAAUUACCUGGAGAAACACUCAGCCAAUAAAAGCACAGGAACGCCGGACACCAACCAGAUCAACUCCAACUCGGACAAAACACUGCGCAAAACCACCGAGCCACAGACGAAAGACGGUAAAAUCGAGAAAACGGAAUGACUCUGACACAGGAGUGGCCGCUUUCCCACUGAUGGGCGGGCCUCGUUCAGGGCGUGGCUACUGGGGGCGGGGUUACAGGGUUUUUAUUCCAUAUGCGUUUUAUUUAUAUAACUGGCAUAACUUCCUAUGACCUCAGCUUUCCCUGUACGAGAGUCUGUCUGUAUGUACAAACCAGUCACGUCAUUCUCACUGCCCGACGAACGCGAACCAUUUUCAUUAUUUUCUAAGUUAUCGAAGAAGUUAUUUUGCUUAAAGUUUGUCUGUAUGUAAUUAGUUUAAAUAAUGAUUUUAAAAAUGCAAUAUCUUUUAUUAAAAGACUCACAUUCCAUUCCUGGCAAGACCUAAUUUGAGGUCAGUUUGAGACUGUAAAUGAUUACAGGUAACUUUCCCUGUUAGAUACUGUAUAUUGUGCAUGUUAAACUUUGUACACCAUCUGAAACUGACAUUGCCCACUGUUGUUCCAGAACACGAACUCUUGACUGCAUUUGUAAAAAAGUUAUAUAUAAAUAUAUAAAUUCAAUCUUUUCUUGUAGGCUUUGAACUACAUAUAUGAAAUAACCCUACAUGCAAACUACUGGUGUUCAAUAAAGCAUA